AUGGCUGGUCCAACCACGGAGACUGUAACCAAGGCCCGCAUCCGCCGGGCGCUGCAAGCGUGUCGCCUCGAGAUGGACAAGAUGCACGAGGAGGUGAUGGCGAAGAACGGCACGCACCCGAUGCUUCAGCUGACGUGCGAAAGUCUUGUGGUCAUGGCACUUGACGCACUCGGUCUGCAAAGGUCCGACGAGCUGGUUGUCUCGUCGCGAGAGCUUGUGGCGCUUGGUGCAGCCAUUGUGACUCUUACCAGCGACAACAACGAUGGGCGGGGUGUCGGCAUUCGCGACCGAGUCCUGGGCACGGUGACAGUGCUAACCAACUCGAACCGUGCGUUUGCUCCGAUGCUUACGCUUCUGAAGGGGCUGAGUGACGAGGAGGAGAUGGCCAUCCACGACGAAGCGGAUCGCGCCCAGAUCCAAGCCAAGGUGGAGGAGGAAAUCGCCGCCAUGGGCCAAAUGGACAUGCAGAUGACCAAAGUCGCCCGCAUGCUCCUCACCUCGCGGGCUACAGAGGCACGCGUCACCAAACCGAUCGAACGCAAGCCAUGCAAUGUGCCUUACGAGCUCAACUGCCGCGGGCAAUCCGGUGUUGGCAAUGGGAUCGAUGGCGACGAGGGUGGCGAGCACCUUAGUGACAAGGACGAUCACGGUGACGAUGAGUUUCACGAUGCACGCGCCGACGGGCAGCCGGAGGCUGAGGCCGAGGCUGAGGCUGAGGUCGAGGCUGAGGUCGAGGCCAAGGCUGAGGUCGAGGCCGAGGUUGAGGCUGAGGCUGAGGCCGAGGCGGAAGUUGAGGCUGAUGUCGCGGCUGAGGCUGAAACCGAGCCCGAGGCUGAAGCUGCGAACGCUGGGACCGAGGAUGAGCCCGAGGAGUUUGAGGAGGAAGAGGAGGAAGAAGGGAGCGCCGCUGACGACAGCACGCCCACUGACGCAGCAACAGCAGUGCCAGCGGAUGAUGCAUCGCCAGUUGAUCCAGCAGACAAGGUGAGCCCGCCCGGGGCGGCCGGAGAGGCGCAAGCAGCGCAAGCGGAGCCGGACUCGAUGAUGGACGUCAAGUCACUCAAGGUGCUCAACGCUGAUAGUAGCGCGGACGAUAUUGUCACGGCGGUCAAGUCCGCCUUGAGCAAGUCCAAGAAGGCGCUAUUCGCGGCACUGUGUGAUGCCCAGUCGGCACUGUACGACCCGCAGAUGGCGCAGAUGAAGCGAUCCAGCGUCGUGGCCCUGCUCAGGCGCAAGACUGACGGCGGCGUGGCGUUUUCCCGUAUCGUCGAGCGGGUGGCGACAGCGAUUGGAGUGCAGAUCGAUCUCGCAGAGCCUCCUGCGGCGGAACUCCCGCAUGGCGGCGCGGGGCCCAGCGGCGACGCCAGCACGACAAGCCCUGUCCAGCCGCAGCACAGCGAGGGUGUUGGUGAGGUGCUGGCGCUGGAAGCGCGAGACAACCUUAAGGCUCAGAUCGAAGCUCACUGCGCCAUUCUCGGCAAGCACGGGCCCAACGGGACAGUGCGAGUGUGUCCAAUCUGUCUUGGAGUCCAGCUGCGCGAGGAGCGGGUGGUCGUGGUGAGUGGGUCGGAGGUAGUGGUGGCGGACGUUUGCCUCCCGGACGACGUGUACAUCGGCUACUCCGGCGACGACUGUCCUCAGGGAUGGGCGACGCUGACGGGAGAGACGACGGUCAUGCAGGUUCUGCAUCGGAUGCCCAGGCCGACAUGGAAGCUCGAGCCACCGCUUGGCGAUGCUGGUGCGGAGGCCGAGGCCGAGGCCGAGGCGGCGGACAUGACGCCGUGCGCGUUCCCGGUCAAGCAGCUGCUGACCGUGAUUCCAAAGGGUGGCGCGCCCAAGGCGGUGGUCUUUGAGCUGACGGAGCAAAGCGUGCCGGGCGCGAUUGCCGGGGCGGUACUGGAAUACGAUGUUGCGAGCCAGAGCCUGAUGGUGGCAGCAGAGAGCCCGCACGCAAGCGACGGGCUUGCGAUGGCCACCAUCCCUGUGCCAUGGACCCGGACGUCGACCGUGGCCGGCGCGCAGUGGCGGCUCGGUAUGGUCGUGUACGGGCGGGCGGCCGACGAUAAUGAUGCGGCCGCGCAGGAGAUGUGGAAGGUGCUGAAGCAGGCGCGGGAGAAGGCGCUGGAGAGCGGCCCCAUGUCCCGUGGCCUGGUGGACACGCCGCAGUCGGUCGUCAAGUUGCUGCGGCAGAGCUACGGCGAGGGGGGGAUGGCGCCGAAGAUUGACACCUACAUGAUGCAUCACAGCUCGAGCUUGGCGCGAAAGAUCAUCGGGAGCGUCGAGCUCCGUCAGGCAUACAAUCAGGUUUGGCGGAACCAGCUCUGCAACGCAACAGGCGAAGUUGAGGGCGAGGUGGCGUACAUGCUGCGGAUGUUGAUCGAGGCCGAGCCCGGCGCCAUCCACAACGGGCUUGUCCUCGAGUCCAUGGAAGAGGUGACGGCGCAGAGGGUGGCCAAGUGCAUCGGCAUCUCCGCUCUGCGCAAGGUAGUGAGCCAGACCGACUUUGACUCGUCGCUCAAGGACAUCGAGCACCUGAGCUGCCAGCCAAACAUGGUCUUUAUCCUCCUCCGCGUCGCUGGCCAGCUCGGAGGCGGGCAGCUUCGACAGCUGAUGAGGGCCGCGAGCGGACUGGUCCACAUCAUCGUCAUCGCCGACGACGCCCUGCACCGCAGCUUUGUCGAGGUCUCGCUCGACAAGGACAUCCUCAUGCCGCCCACCGUCGGCGACCUCCUCAAGAUCCAGCUCGAGCGUCCGCUGCCGAGCCUCGCCUGGACGCCGUUUGUGGCCGGUGGGAGCGACGGGCUCGAGUCCAAGGCGCUUGUCCGCGAGCAUCCGGCCGUGGAGGGUGCGAUCAGGCGCAAGGUUGAGGCCGAAGCACGGCAGCUCGGUACAACGCCCGAUGGUGUGCCGCGAGCGCUACUCGAGCUUGACACGGUGUGCCGGGCGCCGCGAGGUGAGGCGCUCCGGCGGUUUGUGAUCGUCGAGUGCAACAACGACAACUGGCUGAAGACCAGGAUCGAUGCCACCGAGGCGUACCGGGUGCGCUCGACGUACCCGCCGACGGAGGUGUUCAGUGAGAUUGAUAGACUGGUCGAUGAGGUGGCUGCAAGCCGGCCAGGCUUUGCCAUCGUGGCGUGCGUCGGACACGUGACGUCGGACCAUCUUCGGCUGCUCGACACGCUCGGUGGGCGGAGUGAUGUAGAGGCAAAGCUCCUUCGGAUCCGACCGUACCACAUGGCGUUCGAUGCAGCGCAGACAGUGCAGCAGCGGACGAUGAUGCUGCUCUUUGGCGUGGCGCCGCCAGAAUCUCUGGUGGCGACGGCUGACGAGCUGGCGGGCAGGAUCCUCAAGGAUCUGGCGCCGCGUGGCGAUGUCUCGCGUGAUCGACUGGUGGCUCUUCUCACCUUUGUUCUCGAGACGCUCGCUGAGGAUCUACACCCCGAGAAGCUUGUCCAGCGGGUCGCAAAGAUGCGCGAUGUUGUGGAGAGCAAGGUGGCAAGGGCGAGGCGCAUGCUGGGCGACGACAUGAUGGCAGCGAUCCGUGUCGAGCCGUGCUGGGCCGAGUGGAUGGCUACGGUUUGCAUGGCUGUUGCGGCUGCUGACGACCACAUUCGCGUCCCGUUCUACGAGUGCUGCUUCGGAUCGGACAUGUUUCAGCUUGUGCCACAGGGCGUGCGGCUGGCGAUGUGGACGCGCCACGUGCUGAGCGCCCGCAUCGACGACAACAGCAGCCUCGGACGCGAACUUGCAGCAACAAGCAAUGCACUGAUGGCGUGUGAAGACGUGCUGGCGCGGAUGCGGCCGGUCCUCUCUGCGCAUCUGUGCGUGCAUCUCUGCGCGUCGGAUGAAGCAGGGAUUCGGCGUGGGCCGGCGGUGUACGCGGCACCGAGCCUGCGGAGCGGAUCCGGCGACGAAGUGCUGCAGCGUGUGGCUGAGCAGGGCCAUCUUGACUGGGAUGCAAUCAAGGUGGCGUGGCGGUCGUUCCCGCACUCGGCGAGUCUGUUCAUAGCCAUCAUCGCCACGUACCACAAGCCUGCGCUUGUGAUGGCCUGUGUUCGGCCAGAAGUCCUCGAGGCUCUCCUCCGCAACCUGCGGGUGACGCAGCAUCCGCGCGCCGUCGCUGUCUUGCAGGACAUGGCGCGGGCAGACUCGCCGAUUGCAACCAUGUGCACGGGUGCGGGGAGGAUGCUACCGCUGCGGACGCAGCUGGCGGUCAUCCGGUGGUCGCUGGCACGGGCAGGUGUCGAGGUCGAGGUGACAGCCAACGAUGUGGACCUGCUGCUUGCGGCGCGGGUUCCACUCACGCCGCGGCGCGAGGUCGAGGUUGAGACGCUUGCACCGCAUCUGUUCGGUGCCGGCACCGAUGCCGCACGCAAAGUCCUGCUCACGCCCGCCGUUGCUGCCGCGAUCUGCAGCAUGUCGGCCGAGCAGCUUGCGGAGCUGCUUGACCGGACUCCGGUCCACGGCGAGGCGCUGAUGGCUUGCAUGAAGCGAUGGUGCGAGAGCGGUGAGGCAGGCGGGUGGGUACCGGUGCUGCGGGAGACGAUCAGCGCCGGAGCAAGCGCGCAUCCCAGUCUGGACAUGCUUCACGCGGUACUGAUCGACAGCAACUGGAAGUCGGGGCGGAUGGAGCAGCUGCGGCCGCAGCUGCGCAAGAUCAGCGCAGGCGGCUGGGCGUACCUUGCGCUGGUCAGCGCACAAAGCCUCGAUAACGGGCUGAGCGUCGUGCUUCAGAGUGACGACGCAGUGGCGCUUGUGACGGACAUCGCGUCGGAAAUGCUCGAGUCGACCACGCCGGACAUGGGCGAGCGAGUGCGGAUGCUGCAUCGGCUCGCCGGGUGGACAGCUGUGCGGCGUACCGUGUCCGAAGCGGCUCGGAACGAGACAAUCGACAGCGAGUCACCGUGGGCAUGGCCGAUCCGACUUAUCGGCGGUGGAUGCGGCGCUGUGGUUGACGCUCUCAGGGCUGGCGUGAAAGGAAUCCCUUUCCGCGAUGAGCCUGCGCUGGCGCAUCAUCUGGGCGAGGCCCUUGCAGGUGAGGCCGAGCCGGCUGCAGCGCUGAGCGCGUGGCGCGAGGCGGGCUUGGUGACCGAUGUCGAUCUGCGGGCUGCGUACACGGAGGUUACCGAGACCGGGUCAGUGACGAUUGACGUGCAGCGGAUGCUGUGGCAGUUUGCGCCAGACAAGGUCUGCCCGCGGACGCCGGGUGGUGAGGCGACGCCGCUGCAAGAGCUUAUCCUCCCUGGUUUCGAGUCGCGGAUCCGAGCAGCGCCGGCGAUGAUGACGGCCGAAGCAUUGGUGCUUGCGCGACUCGGCUACAUGCUCGACGCAGAGACGGAGGCACGAAUCUGCGCCGAGAACGGGCUGGAAGUCGCAGGCGAGGAUGUUGUCCGUGAGCUGGCGCAGAUCGAGUGCGACGACCUGCCGAGCUACGUGCUGCGGUACAAGCGGCGGUCGUUCCCUGAUGACGAGCUGGACAAGCUGGGCGCAGAUCUGCGGGUGGAAGUGCAGGCGCGCGGAGCCAGGUGUGGGAUCAAGGCCGCCGAUGCGCAGCAGAGGCUGAGAGAUGGGGCGCGGAUGACCGCGGUGGCCACUCUCGACUGCCCCGGCAGAGUGUCUGACGGGGUGACGGUGUCGAACAUUGCGGAAAACCUGGACACGCUUGCGGUUGCGGCGUCGCUCGUGCCGAUUGAGGAUGGCUCGGCGGCGACGGCGCGCGGGAUUUGCGCAGUCGUUCUCUCGUGGUUCGACUCGUUUGGGGUGACCGGCGAGCGGCUGAACAAGUGGGUGAAGAUGAGCGUGGUACAGGAUGCGCAGUAUUGCGUGUACGAUGCGAUCAACAUGUUCAACGAGGGCAACCUGUGUCGGCCGAGGCUGAAGACGAUGUAUCCGCUGGCACGGACGCUGGACGCGCGGCUUGUGGUUGAGCGGCAGGUAGUGCCGCUCUAUGGCGACGACGCCGACUCGGUCCGUGAAACGUCGCGGGUGCUCGAGGUGCUUGAUCGAUCGGCGGCACGCGUGCUGGAGGCGAGGACCAACACGCCACAGUACGGCAAAGCAAUCGACGCAGCGACGCGGGAGAUGGCCCUGCGGAUUGUGAGUGCGAUUCGGAUCGAGGGUGGCUGUGCCGGCCUCGUCGACCUGGCAAGCCUGUCGCGAGUGUCGGGCAUGCUGCUGCGGGCGCCGAUUGCGCCCCGGCCGAGCGAGGAAGAGUUGAGCGUGGCGCGCACGAUGGAAGUGUGCGAGAAGUUCUUGGCUGCUGUGCUCGAUGUGGUGGGUGAUGCGGAGGACAAGAACAACGUCCUUGCUGCGCUUCUUGCGGGUUUUGUGGAGGUCCACAGCCUGACGAUCGACGUGCUACAGCUGAAGAAUGAGACAUACCGCGAUGUGGUUCUCACGGCUGUGGCCGAGGCGGUGUGUAACCAGGUGCCGACGAAGCACCCUACGGUGGCCAAAAUCCUCCGCGAGCUCAAGUGGAUCGAGGACCACGUGGGCAUCGGUGCUCGUCUGGACCUCUCCUCGUCACCAUGUCCUUCGUUUGGAUUUGGUCGCUGCUCAUUCGUCGUCAUCGACGUCACCAUCAUCGUCGCCGUCAACCUCGCCGCCAUCCUCAAACUCGCCAUCAACAUCGACAUCAACAUCACCGUCCACAUCGCCACCAUCAUCGCCGUCGUCAUCGCCGUCGUCAUCAUCCCAGCGUCGACUGUGUCCGCCACCGACUUGCCGUCUUCUCCGUCGUCGGAUGGAGGAUCGGUCCUGGUCUUUCCGUCGUACAUGGUAAUGGGUCGGGGAUCGGCGCCUGAGGCGCUGGGAGAGAAGAGCCAGAGCGAGUAUGAGGCGAUGCAAGCACAGGCGGCGGCCAGUGGCGACGUUGCUGUUGUUGAUGGUGAAGAGGUGCUUGCACUACUGCCGGUGACAGUCCACUCGGAUGCGCCGCCGUUUGUCUCGGACCAGGCCAACGUUGCGCUCGGAAAGGUCCUCCCACGCGAUGACUGUUUGCCCAAUCCCGAACGCCAUCAGCUCUGCCGCCCAACAGUGGAGGCAUGCAAGGUGAUGAAGGACAUGUGUGAGCGGAAGAACGACAUUGUCAAUGCAAUGAUGUCGAAGAUUGAGACAGAGUCAGUCGCCGUGAUCAUGCAUUGCCUGUCCGAGUUCUGGGCCGAGCUCGAUGGUCGGAUCCUGAUCCAAGGCGGCGACUCGAUUUCUGCCCAGCUGCAGUCGUACUUUGGGUGCACGGUUGCUGUUGCGGGUGCGCAGCCGGGCAAGCUGACCAUCGAAGACGACAUGGCUGUCGAUGGAGUCAUCGGCCCGGCGGGAGGCUUUGUUGGCCGCAUGGAUCACUACAAGCACAACGCGGUCAACCUGGAGCGGGCGAUGCAUGUGGCAGACAUCAUCAUGGUCAACAUCGGGCUGCACAUGAAUGUGUUCAACGAUGCACAGUGUGAGGCCUACCGCGACAUGCUCCGGGCGCUGUUUGCGCAGGUGAAGGAGUGGGCACUCGAGCCUGGUCACGUCUUUAUCUUUCAGCAGACGUCGGCGCAGCACUUUGCGUCGGUCGACGGCUCGGGCCUCUUUGAGCGCCACACGAAGCGCAAACCGCGAGAUCCGUGCGUCUGCACGCCCAUGAACUCGACCGACAAGCAAAUCCGCAACGCGUUGCUGGACGAGAUCCGCGACGAGGUCGACCCGGACCAUGAGUGGGUACACAUCCUCCCGCUGUGGGAGAUGACCCGUGAUGAUCAUGCCGUCCAUUCUGGCCUCCGCAUCAACCCCAAAGGCGAGCCCGUUGACUGCGACUGCACGCACUUUUGCUUUGCGCCUGCCCUCAGCGAGGCGUGGAUGGCGGCGAUUGUUCGGAUACUGCGCUCUGCUGCAGCUAGCUGA